ACGCUAGUGAUCACAUCUCCAGCCUCUCAAUUAUAAAUCAGUUAAGCAAUUAGUCGAUAAAAUGUCUGCUGAGUUUGAACUUUGUCCUGGAAGAAAAAUCGGGGGCUCCAACCCCUGUUUUAUCAUCGCUGAGAUUGGACAGAACCAUCAAGGAGACAUAGAAAUCGCCAAAAAAAUGAUCCGAAUGGCUAAGGACUGUGGAGCUGAUUGUGCCAAGUUUCAAAAGAGUGAGAUUGAACACAGAUUCACCAAACACGCUCUGGAGCGUCCCUACACGUCCCCUCACGCCUGGGGGCCGACCUACGGGGCUCAUAAGCAUCAUCUGGAGUUCAGUCACCAGCAGUACAGAGAACUGCAGCAGUACGCCAAUGACAUUGGCAUCUUCUUUACAGCAUCAGGGAUGGAUGAGAUGGCUGUAGAAUUUCUUCAUGAAAUCAAUGUGCCGUUUUUCAAAGUUGCCUCAGCAGACACCAACAACAUCCCUUACCUGGAUAAAACCGCCAAAAAAGGUUGUCCCAUGGUGAUAUCUAGUGGAAUGCAGUCGAUGGAAACCAUGCACUGUGUUUACCAAACCGUUAAGAAGCACAAUCCCAAUUUCACUUUCUUGCAGUGCACCAGUGCUUAUCCACUGCCGAUAGAGCACGUCAACCUCAGUCUGAUCCCUGAGUUCCAGAAGGAGUUUCCGGACAUUCCCAUAGGAUACUCUGGACAUGAGACGGGCAUCCAUGUGUCUGUGGCUGCUGUGGCACUCGGGGCGAAGGUCCUGGAGCGUCAUGUGACCCUGGAUAAGACCUGGAAAGGCAGUGACCACGCAGCAUCACUGGAGCCGGCUGAGCUGGCAGAGCUGGUGAGAGCCAUCAGGACGGCUGAGAUGGCAAUGGGCUCGCCAAUCAAACAGAUGCUGCCCUGUGAGGCUUCCUGUCACAGCAAGUUGGGUAAGUCGGUAGUGGCCCGGAAACCAUUGCAGAAGGGCGAGAUAUUAACUCUCGACAUGCUGACAGUAAAAGUGGCCGAACCGCAUGGUGUGAGACCAGAGAACAUCUUCAAACUGGUUGGCAAGAAAAUCAAGGUGGACCUGGAAAAAGAUGCCACCAUCACUGAUGCCAUGAUAAAUGGCUGAUGAUUGUACAUUCCAUAACUAAAGGGGAAAUUAAGGGGUCUUAUCAUGCUUAUCAUCUUAUCAUGCUGUUGUUAAUUAUCAGUAACAGUAUAUAAUAAAAUAUAUAAAAAAAAACAGCCAUUAUUAAAUCACUCUUCAAUGUUUCAAUGAGGGAGUGAUUUUUUAUCAUAUUCUUAUUGCUUGAUAUCAGAAAUAUGUAAAGAAGACGUCUUGUCUUGAGUUUGCAUCCCAGAUAGCACGUACGUCUGCAAGAUGUCUGGUAAAGAUCACUUCAUCUGGAAAGC